AUGUCUUUUUCCACUGAAGAGCUUCAUGAGAGAAUCUCCCGAUCCGUCUCACAUCAUGAGCACGAUCUGGCUGAGAUUUGUAAAAAGAUCCACGAAAACCCGGAAUAUAAUUACAAAGAGUUCAAAGCCCACGACAAUAUCUGCAAUCUCAUGCAACAACUGGGCUAUAAUGUGAAGCGACAUGCAUACGACAUCCAAACCUCCUUUCAAGUGGAAUACGGCAAAGGCGGAAGGCUCAUCGUCUUCAAUGCUGAAUAUGAUGCACUUCCUGGUCUCGGCCAUGCUUGCGGACACAACCUCAUUGCUACGAGCUCGAUCGCUGCUUUCUUGGCGACAGCCGAAAUCAUGCGCGAGAGCAACAUCCCCGGAAGAGUGCGACUUCUUGGAACUCCUGCUGAAGAGGGUGGCGGCGGAAAAGUGCAUCUUAUUAAGGCUGGUGCGUACGAGGGUGUUGACGCCUGCUUGAUGGCUCACCCUACGGGAAGACUUUCGCCUCCCGAUUCCGAUACCGUUGAUGGUGUUUCUGCUGCCAAAACGAGCGCAAGAAGACAACUCAAGGUAUCAUUUACAGGGCAAAGUGCCCAUGCCGGAAAUGCGCCUUGGGAUGGAAAGAAUGCUCUUGACGCUGUGGUAUCGUCUUACGUCAACAUUUCUCUCCUAAGGCAACAGAUACAGCCUACAGAAAGGAUACAUGGCGUCAUCCGAAGAGGUGGCUCUGAGCCAAAUAUCAUUCCUGACUCGACUGAUUUGGAGUAUUAUUUGAGAGCUGCGGGUGUUGAACAGGUCAAGGAUAUUUCUAAAAAGGUCGAGGCAUGCUUUAAGGCAGGGGCUAUGGCAACAGGAUGCGAUGUGAAGUGCACAUGUGACAGUGAUCAAGAUUACAUGGAACUUCGACCGAAUAUCUCCAUGUCUACAGAAUUCACCAAGCACAUGAAGGCUUUCGGGAGGGACUUUAUUGGCGAUGCGAAUCAACCACCCAUGGGCGCAUCAACAGAUAUGGGCAACGUGUCAUAUUGUCUACCAGGAAUCCACCCCAUGUUCUCCAUCGGAACCGAAGACCCCGGUGUCCAACCUCACACACCCAAAUUUGCCGAUGCCGCAGGAACAAAGGAAGCCCUGAUUAGAGCUUUGGAUUGUGGAAAAGGAUUGGCAGCCACAGCUUGCGAGUUGUUUCUACAGCCUGAGCUAUUAGAGAAGGCAAGGGAUGAGUUCAAGCAAAAUGUUGAACCUAUUGGAUAUAGACUUUGA